CAUCCUCUAGACUGUGGGGAGCUACGCCGCUCGCUUGUCUCUUUCAGACGCCUUUCCAGUGGCUAAAAGAUGCCCGGAGGUACUUCACAGGCAUCUGUGUGACAAUGUGUCCGUGCAGUUUGGGAGGGGCGUGUUCCGAUAGCGGUGUUAAAUUACAGUGCGCGUUUUCACGUCCUACUUCUGCUCGUCGUUUCCUAGAAACUUAAAGCGUCACAGGGCACCUACUCGACCCGACCCUAAGAUUUCCGCUGUAUACAUAUUAUUAAACCGACAAACAAGAUAAUCGUGGUUUGUUCUCUCAUUAGUUUUUCUUUGUUGAAAUUCACCAAUUCCCGUUUUACAGCAUUAUAUAAAAUGUGUAUUACUUAAAUAUGACGAAUCGGAGUGGAAUAGUUGUGUCGGGUUGCUUUUGGAUGCUGCUUUUCGCGCAGCAGCGUCACUCGGUCGCCCCCUUCCGGCCCGAGCGCGGCGCUACCCCUGACUGCUGGCGCGUGGGAGGGGUGCACAAUGCGGAGAGCUUCGGCGCGAGGUGUCUGCCGCGAGCAAGCAGCGAAGGCGAUCCCGCGUCCUCGAACGCCUCGACACGCCGAUGUCUGUCGCUGAUGGAAACUGACAUAUUGAACCAUGUGUGCGAAUGUCUUUGGCGUUUUAAAAAGCCUGUUUGGGAAGCCUUUUGAUGGGGGGAAGAGGAUGGACACCAGCAGCCAGCAUCCAUCCAUGGCACGGCUACAGGAGAUGCAGGGUGAGUUGGCGAUGCUGGGCCCGCAGGUGAGCACCUUCAGCGGGCUGCAGAUCGACCGCGAGUACCGGCGCCUGGAGCGCGAGCUGAACCGGCUGCAGGUGGAGGUGGACCAGGUGGAGACGGAGGGCCGCUCGCAGCUGCAGCAGGCGCGCAAAAUGGUGGCUCAGGAGGUGGAAAGUCUGCUGCGCCACCUGGAGGAGAACGCCACGCACCCGUCCCGGCUGGCCAUCGAGGAGCUGACCUGCGAGGCGCGGCAGCUGGUGGAGGAGGGCGUGGUGGCGCCCCAGCGGGCGGGAGCCAGUGAGAUCAGUGACGAGCUGGUGGAUGCCCUGCAGGAGCUGGUGCUGCGGCUGACGCAGGUGAAGACGGGCGGCCGCGUGUCACUGCGCAAGGCCCGUUACCGCGCGCUGACGCGGCUCUGCGCCGUGCAGGAAGUAGUGGAGGGACGCACGCGCCAGCUGACCCUGCCACUGUCCGACGAUACGCACGCCGCCGUCCAGAGCAUUAACCAUGCGAUGGUGCGGGUGAGCGGGGUCCGCAGCCAACUGGUGGCACUGCUGAUGGGUCUCAGCAGCCGGGACAGCUGCACGCAGCUGUCCCGCGUGCUCACCGAGCUGCUGGUGGAGCUGGAUGCCCUGGACGUGUCGGGGAAUGCCGCCGUGCGCAACUACCGUAAGCAGGUGGUGGAGGAGAUCAACGCUCUGCUGAAACACCUGGACCUGGAGGGCGAGGGGGACGACACGCGCAGGUACGACCUGGCGCAGAAUGACUCCAUCCGGGAGAUUGAGGCGGUGAGGGGCCGCGUCUCCCAGCUGCAGGAGGGGGUCCUUCAGCAGAACGAGGUCGGGGAGCUGGCCUUCCGGCCCAAGGCUGAGCUGCAAAGCCUGCUGACACACCUCGACCAGGUGGACACCGCCCGCAACCCGUGCAUCCGCGAGGCCCGCCGUCGAGCCGUGCUGGAGGUGCAGGCCGUCAUCACCUUCCUGGACCUGCGGGAGGCGCUGGCGAGGCGUUGCCAUGGCCUCCAGGAGCACCCCUCCCACGGCGCCGUGUGGCAGGUACUGACCAGCCUGUCGGAGCUGCAAGCCCAGGUCCUGGGCUUCGAUGGCAAGCGGGCCGAUAAGAGUUACAUGGUACUGGAGGAGCUGCUGACAAAACAGCUGCUGGCUCUGGACGCCGUGGACCCACAGGGCGACGAGAUGACGAAAGUCGCCCGCAAGCAGGCGGUCAAGUUUGCCCAAAACAUCCUCAGCUACCUUGACAUGAAGACGGACGAGUGGGAAUACUGACGUGGGCGAGCCGGCAUUGGCACGGACAACGUGGCUGUAAAUACGAGCAGCGUCUGUGUGGAGUGUGUGUGAGUUCUGAUCCGGAAGCCAGAGCGUGUCGUGGCAAUGUGGGCGACUCCUGACUGGUUCCUCGCGGGCCGACACUUUUGUCAGUCAAAUUUGGCAGAUUAAAAAAAAAAAAACAAAAAAAACAAAAACAAACAGUGUUACAUUGCACGCAUCACCCACAUACACCAUUCAGCCACUAGGCGAUGAGUGACCCAUUAAACCCCAGUGAGCACUCGUUUGCUCACUCGUUUUGCACUCGUGUGCAUCUGUGGCAUUAAAUCCAGCUUCUGCACUGUGCUGUCAGCGAGCCCCCUAAUAACCUCUGGACACAGUGCAGAACCAGCUCCUGCUCCCUGUUACACCGCUGUCUGGCUUAUCAGAGAAACACAGCAUCAGACAGGAGUAGAGUCCCCCCCCCCC